AUGGAGAUGGACGCGACACUAGUGCUCAUGUGGGCUAUUCUUCGACUCCACCGCUCUCCUCCCCAUCAGCUGCCACCACCCCCGCUGGAGGACGACAACCUCCUCUCCGAGAUCCUCCUCCGCCUCCCCUCGGAGCCCUCCUCCCUCUCGCGCGCCUCCCUCGUCUGCAAGCGCUGGUUCGGCCUCGUCUCCGACCCCGGCUUCUCCCGCCGCUUUUGCCUCCACCACCGCCGCAACCCUCCCCUCCUUGCGUUCUUCGACAAGUUUCACGGCAUCUACUCUGCAAUGGAGCCCCCCAAUCGUGUCCCGGAGGGCCGCUUCUCCUUGCAGCUCGACGACGGCGAGGGCGCCCGUUUUCUGCUCAUCGGGUGCCACCAAGGCCUCGUACUCAGCCGCCAUAGAUUGCUGAACCAGCUCCUGGUCUGGGAUCCCGUCACCGGGGAUCAGCACAGGUUUGCCCGUCCCCUGGGCUUCGAGACGUUGGGACCUUCUGUCCACGGGGCGGUGCUUCGGGCUGCCGGAGACGUCCACCACUUCCAGGUGGUCUUGGUACGCACAGAAAUAAGCGAACAACAUUCACGAGCGAUCGCCCGCGUGUACUCAUCGGAGACCGGCAUAUGGGGUAAUCUCAUGUCAACACCGCUUCCACCCAAGGCUUCGAAUUCUCUUUUGCUAUUCCCCCCUAGGAUCAAUACGGUAUUUCCUGGUGUCCUAGUUGGGGAUUCGCUUUACUGGUUGCUUUCUGGCAUUACGGCUGGCAUCCUCGAGUUUGAUUUGGGUAGGCAGAGCUUAAGUGUGAUACAUGUGCCAGUGGACAUCUAUGCUAGGGGCAGUUCCCACUUCACCGUUAUGCGAGCAGAUGAUGGGGGGCUUGGUUUCUUUUUUCUGUCAAGAUUCACCGCACAGUUAUGGAAGAGGAAGAUUGAUUCUGAUGGUGUUGCUUCAUGGGUGAUGGGAAGAACUUUCGAAAUUGACAAGCUAUUUUCCCUUAAUUCACUGAAGUGGGGAGGGGUCCUUACGAUACGAGGGUUUGCUGAGGACAAUAAUGUGGUGUUCCUGUCAACAGCUACCAGCCUAUUCAUGCUACAGCUUGAGUCAUUGCAGUUGAAGAAACUUUUCGAUACUACAAUCGUGGGCUUCUAUCAUCCAUUCGAAAGUGUCUAUGCUGCAGGCACAGGCAUUGGUGGUGGACAUGGUGGACCUGAACUUUUGCACAACACAUAAGAUGAUUGGUCAGAUAGAUAUUGCUACCGUGAUGUAUUUGAUUGAGUAGGUAUCUAUAGUUCUAUUCUGGUGACUGGCACGCAGAAAUGGCUUGUUGGGUGAAGGUUCUUCCAUUUUGUGGGCUCCACUCAGAUAAAAAAUUGACCUUUUAUGUAUCAUGCACCAUUGAACUGUGAUGUGGACUUUGUAGGAGGUCAUCGCUCAAUUUCCUAACUUUUUUGUAUUAUAUAUAAUUUCCCUAGACAAAUAGUCAACUAACAUGAAGGCACAGCGGGUUGCUUUGGUUAGUUGGUACCUUGAGGCUUUGUUUGCUUUAUGCUUGCACAAUGAGACAA